AUGUCUAUCGGCGUGCCCAUCAAAGUCCUGCACGAGGCCGAGGGCCACAUCGUGACGUGCGAGACCAACACGGGCGAGGUGUACCGCGGGAAGCUCAUCGAGGCCGAGGACAACAUGAACUGCCAGAUGUCCAACAUCACCGUCACGUACAGGGACGGCCGCGUGGCCCAGCUGGAGCAGGUGUACAUCCGGGGGAGCAAGAUCCGCUUUCUGAUCCUGCCUGACAUGCUGAAAAACGCGCCCAUGCUGAAGAGCAUGAAAAACAAAAACCAAGGCUCGGGCGCCGGCCGGGGGAAGGCUGCUAUUCUCAAGGCCCAAGUGGCCGCGAGAGGAAGAGGACGCGGAAUGGGGCGCGGGAACAUCUUCCAGAAGCGAAGAUAA